CGUGGCGAGAGAGGGAACCGCGCAGAGACCGGAUCUCGGCUGAGCAACAGAAAGAGUCACCUACGGGGCGAGCCCAAGAGACAAGUCGUCUGCGCCCCAGAGAAGCAGCCAGGGCCCGGGCGGAGCUGGCCCAAAGGGGCCUGCAGGACCUAACCUGCCAUCGCUGCGGGCAGAGGCCACAGGAGGGCUCAGUGCACCAGGACAGGUCCCUUGGCCCGAGACUUCCCAGGGUUAACUAUGUGGGGCUGGGGAAGGGCAGGCUGCCCCACAGGCAGGGGCUGGCAGACAAACCACUUGUACCCACCACCAGGCGGAUCCGAACCUGGGUCCUCGGGAGCCGAGCUGGCUCAAGUCUAAACUUCCUACUAGCCAGCUUGUAUCCCUUUGUUCUUGUGUCCACAUUGGUCUUAAGCUUCAAUAAUUCCUCUCCCUCCCUGGUAUUUACCCCUCUGAUAUAUUUAAAAGUGCAAGCAUGUCCCCCCUCAGCCGCCUUUUGGUUAAGGGAAACAAGCCAAGCUCCGUGAGUCUCCUUUCAUACGACAGGUUUUCCAGUCCUCCGAUCAUCCGAGUGGCCCUUCUCUGUACCUGUUCCAGUUUGAAUUCAUCCUUCUUAAACACGGGAGACCAGAACUGCACCCAGUAUUCCAACUGGGGUCUCACCAAUGCCUUGUAUAACGGCACUAACACUCCUUAUCCCUACUGGAAAUACGUUGGUAUACGUCACGCUCUCCAGACCUCGUUUGGGUUCGGAAAGAGCCAGCUGGCACGGAGGGGGCCCUUUCUGCCACCCCCAGGCAGCGGAGUCUCAGGCGCCAUGGAGAAGCCGAUCUGCCUGAUCGAGAACAGCCCCGGGGGGGAGCUGCGGGUGCAGCAGGAGGCGCUGCGGGUGCUGGAGGAGAUCGCCCAGCCCGUGGUGGUGGUGGCGAUCGCCGGGCUGUACCGCACCGGCAAGUCCUACCUCAUGAACAAACUGGCCGGCAGGACGACGGGUGAGAGACGUGGGACCAGCCCUGGGGGCCCGGCACCCGGCAACGUGCAGAACGACGCCUGGAUCUUCGCGCUGGCCGUGCUGCUCAGCAGCACCCUGGUCUACAACAGCCUGGGCACCAUCGACCAGUACGCCCUGGAGCAGCUGCA